AUGUCUUACGCGGUCUACUUAGUGUCUUAUCUUGGCGCACUACGAGACUACUACGCUAUUUUCGUCAAAACUAACGCCGACCACUCUAGAGGAAUAAUAUUUGGUUAUAAGCCAGCGAAAAGGCCAGAAGACUUAAACUCUUUUAUCUCUAAAUCCUAUAUCAGUACUGUCUCCAAAACCAACUAUGCUUAA